CCCCCCCCUCCGGCUCUGGGCGAGCCAGACACGGUUUGCCCAGUGCAGAGAGAGGGGCUCCGUGUUCCGCCUCCGUGGAGUAUUUGGGAUUGGAGAGAGACACACACGCACACACGCGCACACACACACACGCACACAGAGACCAUCUGCAGUGUCAAUGCGGCGCCUGCUCUGAAGACUGAAGUGGGGGGAAAGGAGAGGAGAGAAAUAUAAUAUAUAUAUAUGUAUAUCUCUACAUAUAUAUAUAUACACCAAAACCCACCCAAAGCAAGCGAGGAGCAUUCCCAGGACAGAAUCUGCCGGGGAAUUGGCGUUUUGAAGAGUUUUACAGCUUCUAAUCCUUGUUGCCUUGGGAAUACAAACCUCUCUAAUCAUGUCGCCGGCCAUGUGGAAAUGGACUUGCCUGGUUUCCCACCUCCUGCUGUCCACCACAGUGUCACCUCUGGGCAGACAGCAGCCACCCCAUCCAAAGAGGCCCUUCAUCACCUUCACUGGAGAGCAAGCAGAGGGAAACUUCAACCACUUGGUGGUGGACGAAAGGACUGGGCACAUUUACUUGGGGGCUGUCAACAGGAUCUACAAACUCUCCAGUGACCUGAAGGUCCUGGUGACCCACGAGACUGGUCCUGAUGAUGACAAUCCCAAGUGUUAUCCUCCCAGGAUAGUCCAAACCUGCAACGAACCCUUGACGCCCACCAACAACAUAAACAAAAUGCUCCUCAUAGACUACAAGGAGAAUCGGUUGAUAGCCUGUGGGAGUCUGUACCAGGGCAUCUGCAAGCUCCUGAGGCUGGAUGACCUCUUCAAGCUGGGAGAGCCCUUCCACAAGAAGGAGCAUUACCUCUCUGGGGUGAACGAGAGUGGCUCUGUUUUUGGAGUCAUUGUUUCUUACAGCAACAUGGACGACAAGCUGUUCAUCGCCACGGCCGUGGAUGGCAAGCCGGAGUAUUUCCCCACCAUCUCCAGCAGAAAGCUCACCAAGAACUCCGAGGCUGAUGGGAUGUUUGCAUAUGUCUUUCAUGACGAGUUUGUGGCCUCCAUGAUCAAGAUCCCCUCAGACACCUUUACCAUCAUCCCCGACUUUGAUAUCUACUACAUCUACGGCUUCAGCAGCGGGAACUUUGUCUACUUCCUGACUCUGCAGCCUGAGAUGAUCUCCCCCCCUGGCUCCACCACGAAGGAGCAGGUUUAUACCUCCAAGCUGGUGAGGCUUUGUAAGGAGGACACGGCCUUUAACUCCUACGUGGAGGUGCCCAUUGGCUGUGAGAAGAACGGGGUGGAAUAUCGAUUGCUGCAGGCUGCCUACUUGUCCAAGGCUGGAGCCAUCCUGGCCAGGUCUCUGGGAGUUGGCCCUGAGGAUGAUAUCCUCUUCACAGUCUUCUCCAAGGGGCAGAAAAGGAAGAUGAAGUCCUUGGAUGAGUCUGCUCUUUGCAUCUUUGUCCUGAAGAACAUCAACGACCGCAUCAAGGACAGGCUUCAGUCCUGCUACAGGGGCGAGGGGACGUUAGACCUGGCCUGGCUCAAGGUCAAGGACAUUCCCUGUAGCAGCGCGCUGUUAACAAUUGAUGACAAUUUCUGUGGCCUGGAUAUGAAUGCCCCCUUGGGAGUAUCAUCCAUGGUGCGAGGGCUCCCCAUCUUCACCGAGGAUGGGGACAGGAUGACCUCGGUGAUUGCCUACGUCUACAAGAACCACUCCCUGGCUUUUGUGGGCACCAAGAGUGGGAAGCUCAAGAAGAUCCGUGUGGAUGGCACCACCAAGAACACGCUGGAGUAUGAGAUCGUGCAGGUGGUGGACACUGGCCCCAUCCUCCGGGACAUGGCCUUCUCCAUGGACCAUGAACACCUCUACAUCAUGUCUGAGAAGCAGCUCACCAGGGUGCCUGUGGAGUCGUGCAGCCAGUACGAGACCUGCAGCGAGUGCCUGGGCUCGGGAGACCCCCACUGUGGGUGGUGUGUCCUCCACAACACGUGCACGAGGAAGGAGCGGUGCGAGCGCUCCAGCGAGCCGCGCAGAUUCGCCUCGGAGAUGAAGCAGUGCGUCCGCCUGACCGUGCACCCCAACAACAUCUCCGUGUCCCAGUACAACGUUCUGCUGGUCCUGGAGACCUACAACGUCCCCGAGCUGUCUGCAGGAGUCAACUGCACCUUCGAGGACCUCUCGGAGAUGGAUGGGCUGGUGGUGGGCAGCCAGAUCCAGUGCAUCUCUCCAGCUGCCAAGGAGGUUCCCCAGAUCAUCACAGAGAAUGGUGACCAUCACAUUGUCCAGCUGCAGCUCAAGUCCAAGGAAACGGGGAUGACCUUUGCCAGCACCAGCUUUGUCUUCUACAACUGCAGCGUCCACAACUCGUGCCUGUCGUGCGUGGAGAGCCCCUACCGCUGCCACUGGUGCAAGUACCGCCACGUGUGCACCCACGACCCCAGCUCCUGCUCCUUCCAGGAGGGACGAGUCAAGAUGCCUGAGGACUGCCCCCAGCUGCUGCAGGCCGAGAAGAUCCUGGUGCCCGUGGAGGUGAUCAAACCCAUCACUCUGAAGGCCAAGAACCUGCCCCAGCCACAGUCGGGCCAGCGGGGCUACGAGUGCAUCCUGAACAUCCAGGGCAGCGAGCAGAGGGUGCCAGCCCUGAGGUUCAACAGCUCCAGCGUGCAGUGCCAGAACACCUCGUACUCGUACGAAGGGAUGGAGAUUAACAGCCUGCCAGUGGAGCUGACAGUCGUGUGGAACGGGAAUUUCAACAUUGACAACCCAGCACAGAACAAAGUUCACCUGUACAAGUGCGGGGCCAUGCGGGACAGCUGCGGACUCUGCUUGAAAGCCGACCCCGACUUCGAGUGUGGCUGGUGCCAGGGGCAGAACCAGUGCACGCUGAAGCAGCACUGCCCAGCCCAGGACAGCCAGUGGCUGGAGCUCUCCAGCACCAAGGGCAAGUGCACCAACCCCAAGAUCACGGAUAUCAACCCCGUGACAGGCCCUCGUGAGGGAGGGACCAGAGUGACCAUCCGUGGGGAGAACCUGGGGCUGGAAUUCCGGGAUAUCGCGUCCUACGUCAAAGUGGCCGGCGUGGAGUGCAAGCCCCUGGUGGAAGGGUACAUCCCGGCAGAGCAGAUCGUGUGUGAGAUGGGGGAGGCCAAGCCCAGCCAGCACGCCGGAUUCGUGGAAAUCUGCGUGGCCGAGUGCAAGCCAGAGUUCAUGGCCAGGUCUUCUCAGCUCUACUACUUCAUGACUCUCACCCUCUCCGACCUGAAGCCGAAGCGAGGACCAGUGUCGGGUGGCACCCAGGUGACAAUCACAGGCAACAACCUCAACGCUGGCAGUAAUGUCAUUGUGACCUUUGGGAGACAGCCCUGCCUCUUCUACAGGAGAUCCACCAAGCACAUUGUCUGCAACACCACGGCCUCCUACGAAGGCUUUGAGAAGGUGAAGGUGUCUGUGAGAGUGGACAAGGCCAAGAUCCAUCAGGAGCUGCACUAUGAAUAUGUAGAGGAUCCCACCAUCCUGAGGAUCGAGCCUGAGUGGAGCAUCUUCAGUGGCAACACUCCCAUUGCUGUGUGGGGAACUCACCUGGACCUCAUCCAAAACCCCCAGAUCCGGGCCAAGCAUGGUGGAAAGGAGCAUGUCAAUAACUGUGAGGUGCAGAACAGCACAGAGAUGACCUGCCAGGCCCCAGCUCUGGCUGUGGACCCCAAUCACCAGUCUGAGCUCGCCGAGCGCCCGGAGGAGUUUGGCUUCAUCCUUGACAAUGUGCAGUCCCUGCUGAUCCUCAACAAAACCAACUUCACCUACUACCCCAACCCCAUCUUCGAGGUUUUCAAUCCCUCAGGGAUCCUGGAGCUGAAGCCUGGAAGUCCCAUCAUCCUGAAGGGCAGGAAUCUGAUCCCACCUGUGGCAGGAGGCAAUGCCAGGCUGAACUACACCGUGCUGGUGGGGGAGAAGCCCUGUGCAGUGACCGUGUCAGACGUGCAGCUCCUCUGUGAGUCCCCAAACCUCAUUGGGAGGCACAAGGUGAUGGCUCGUGUGGGAGGGAUGGAGUUCUCCCCAGGGAUGGUCUACAUCUCCCCAGACAGCCCUCUCAGCUUGCCAGCCAUCGUCAGCAUCGCGGUGGCCGGCGGGCUGCUCAUCAUCUUCAUCGUGGCCGUGCUGAUCGCCUACAAGCGCAAGUCCAGGGAGAGCGACCUCACCCUCAAGCGCCUGCAGAUGCAGAUGGACAACCUGGAGUCCAGGGUGGCCCUGGAGUGCAAAGAAGCCUUUGCAGAGCUGCAGACAGACAUCCAUGAGCUGACAAGUGACCUGGAUGGAGCUGGGAUCCCUUUCCUCGACUACCGAACCUACACGAUGAGAGUGCUUUUCCCUGGCAUUGAAGAUCAUCCAGUCCUGAGGGAUUUGGAGGUCCCUGGCUACCGUCAGGAACGGGUGGAGAAGGGCCUGAAGCUCUUUGCCCAGCUCAUCAACAACAAGGUGUUCCUGCUGUCCUUCAUCCGCACGCUGGAGUCGCAGCGCAGCUUCUCCAUGCGCGACCGCGGCAACGUGGCCUCGCUUAUCAUGACGGUGCUGCAGAGCAAGCUGGAGUACGCCACCGACGUCCUCAAACAGCUCCUGGCCGACCUCAUCGACAAAAACCUGGAGAGCAAGAACCACCCCAAGCUGCUGCUCCGUAGGACAGAGUCUGUGGCUGAGAAAAUGCUCACCAACUGGUUCACCUUCCUCCUCUACAAGUUCCUCAAGGAGUGUGCUGGGGAGCCUCUCUUCUCCCUUUUCUGUGCCAUCAAGCAGCAGAUGGAGAAGGGCCCCAUUGACUCCAUCACGGGGGAGGCGCGGUACUCGCUGAGCGAGGACAAGCUCAUCCGACAGCAGAUCGACUACAAGACCCUGGUGCUGAGCUGCGUGAACCCCGACAACGUGAACAGCCCUGAGAUCCCAGUGAAGAUCCUGAACUGUGACACCAUCACCCAGGUCAAGGAGAAGAUCCUUGAUGCCAUCUUCAAGAACGUGCCCUGCUCCCACCGGCCCAAAGCUGCUGACAUGGACCUGGAGUGGCGGCAGGCGAGCGGGGCGAGGAUGAUCCUUCAGGAUGAGGACAUCACCACCAAGAUAGAGAACGAUUGGAAGAGACUCAACACGCUGGCACACUACCAGGUCCCAGAUGGAUCUGUGGUGGCUUUGGUCUCCAAGCAAGUCACUGCCUACAACGCAGUCAACAACUCCACGGUGUCCCGGACGUCAGCCAGCAAGUAUGAAAACAUGAUCCGCUACACGGGCAGCCCCGACAGCCUCCGCUCGCGCACCCCCAUGAUCACCCCCGACCUGGAGAGCGGCGUCAAGAUGUGGCACCUGGUCAAGAACCACGAGCAUGGAGACCAAAAAGAGGGUGACCGAGGGAGCAAGAUGGUUUCUGAGAUCUACCUGACCAGGUUACUGGCCACCAAGGGCACCCUCCAGAAAUUCGUGGAUGACCUCUUUGAGACCAUCUUCAGCACUGCCCACCGUGGCAGUGCCCUCCCCCUGGCCAUCAAGUACAUGUUUGAUUUCCUGGAUGAGCAGGCAGACAAGCACAACAUCCACGACCCCCACGUGCGGCACACCUGGAAGAGCAACUGCCUCCCCUUGCGGUUUUGGGUCAACAUGAUCAAGAACCCACAGUUUGUCUUCGACAUUCACAAAAACAGCAUCACAGACGCCUGCCUGUCCGUGGUGGCUCAGACCUUCAUGGACUCCUGCUCCACCUCAGAGCACCGCCUGGGCAAAGACUCCCCCUCCAACAAGCUCCUCUAUGCCAAGGACAUCCCCAGCUACAAGAACUGGGUGGAAAGGUACUACUCAGACAUUGCCAAGAUGCCAGCAAUCAGUGACCAGGACAUGAAUGCUUACCUGGCUGAGCAGUCCCGCAUGCACAUGAACGAGUUCAACACCAUGAGCGCGCUCUCCGAGAUCUACUCCUACGUGGGCAAGUACAGCGAGGAGAUUCUCGGAGCCCUCGACCAAGACGACCAGGCUGGGAAACAGAAACUUGCCUACAAACUUGAACAAGUUAUAACCCUCAUGAGCAUAGACAGCUGAGAACUGUCCUGCCAGGGACACCCUGGGAGGGAUAAACCAAGUCGUGCCUCACUCAAGAUCAUCAUCUUUACCAAGUGCAAGUUUUGAUGGGCUGUAAGCAGAGCCACCCGAACAGCGCUCCUCUCUCUCUCCUCCCCCUCUCUCUCUUUCUCUCUUUUCCUUCUCUUUCCAAACCUAUGGACAAAGAAACAGAGCCCCAGGGGUUAAAAGAAAAGACUGCAGAGGAAUCUUGGCUCUGGGGCCUUGAAGACAUUUGGGUGGAGCUCUCCUUUUCACAGCUUCCCCUCUGCCUUUUGCCCUAGAGACAAACAAUUGAACACACAGGAAAACCCCACCAACCCUCCCCGGGCACCACAUCCUCACUCUGCAGAGGUGAAACCGGGAGGUAACUUCUGUCAUGCUGCUUUAACUGCCCUCCGAGGGCUGUAGCCUCUGGAGGGGACAUGGAAAUGAACUCAGUAUUACUCAAGUGUCCCCAAGGGGAGGGCAGCCUGCCUGCAGGGCUCCUGGAGGGCAGAGCCAAUCCAGCUCCACUCCUGCAGAGCCAUUGCAAUUCUAUCCCUUGGUAGCCACCCACUGGGAGAGGAGGCUCCCCGAAAAAUGCCACAGCUUUGUCCAGAGCAGGGCCACUGUGGCUCAUCCUGCUGGGGCAGGGAAAGGGUCAAGAGGAGACGAGGAGACCGGCGCUGCCCUGCCCAUGUGUUUCAUAUGGUUCUUCUUAUUUUCCCAAGAGCCGCGUGUCCCCCUCCGUCUUUCCCGUCGUGUCCUGUUGGUCGUAGCACUGCAGCAAAAUGCUCUCUCUGCUGGGUGGCAUCCUGUCUCUGGUGGUGGUCCUGCUCCUCCUGGCCGUGGAGAGCACAGCAUCAUGCCCCUCGUUCCCACCUUGGCUUGGAAAGCAGGAGCCACAGGCCUUGGUUUGUUCCAGGCAAGGAGCUCAGCCUCAAAAGAAGAUCCAGAAGGAUUUUUAUUUUUUUUUUUAAGCUGUUCUUUCCAUUUUGUUUCCUCAACUGGAACACAGCUGUUUUUUUCCCACAGUGGAAUAUCAGAGGGUUACUGAAAUGCUUGCUGUGAAGUGAGGUGGUGCACAGGGCUGAUGGUACAGCCUUCCUCCCAAGCCGCUCCUAAGAGGAAAUGUCACCACACAUUUUGGAAGGAAAUCUUGGAGGAAAUCCAAAUGAAACACUGCAAAAAAUUCUUCUACCUAGAUCCCCCCAGACGAACUGCCUGUCCUCUGGAGGUCUCUGAACUGCUGUGAGCCCAUCUGCCUUUUGGUGCCAACUCCUGGCCUUUCCUCUCCUCCACUUCUGGAACCAACAGGCCUUGCUGAAGGCACAGUUGCUGCCUAGGAAGGAUUUUAUCUCUCUUUGCACUUCUUAUCCCUUCAGGGAUCGCUGUCACCAUGGGACAAUUGUGGGGGAUCACCCUGUCCCUGUGCUAUCCUCUGCUCAGCUUCUCCAGAACAUCUCAACUUGUCUCAUGGCCAACCAAAGGGGAGUGAGCUCCUGCAUCUCUUUUGCCUUCAGCUGUUCCAUUCACACGGCUGCCAGCCCGGAUAACACCAUGAUUAGAGACCCUCGGGGUGUGGAGAACCUUCCUUGCUCACCAGGGAGGCAACAGCUGGGUCAGCAUUCAUCUCCCCAGCCAUGAGCAGAGCUCCCUGGCAGAUGGAGGAGCAGCUGGAGAACCAGCCCACGUCCACCUCACCCCAUCCUUGGAGCAACAGCCUGGAUCUGCUUUGCACCUGGAGGGAGGAAGGGGUGCAGGGUGUGUAAAUUGAUUACAGAGCGAGCUUGUUUGGGUUCAUUCCUGUCUCUUGGUGUCAAACCAGAACCUCUUGGGAGUGACAGAUCCCGAGAGUGUGUGAGGGAUGGUGUGGUGCAAGCAGGAGUCAGGCAGCGGGAGGGUUUCCUUCAGCCAAGCAGAUACACACGUAGGCGAGUCCAAAACCACUCAGUCCAAAGCUGGACAUGUCUGUGGGGAGAAAAAUCACCAGAUUCAUGUUGAAACAGCAAACUUAGGGACACGUCUUGGUUUUAAACCCCCAGACAUUUCUCUCUUGAUUACAAUUCCAAUUAUUUUGUGCGUGUGCGUGUGUAUCUGUGUGCGCGUGUGCGUUCCUUCCUCUUUUUUUUUUGGUUCUGCUUGCUUUCUGUUGGAUUGCUGAGCUGAUGGACUCAUCAUGCACCUUAUGGACAUCUCAGCAGUUUUAAGAGGCCUGCGCAUUGGGGAUGGUUUGGGUUUGGUUGGUUCUGCCAUGGUUUUGUUGAUCCAUUUUAGUAACGUCGGCGCAUGUUCCAGAUCCAUUGAUUAUGGCUGUGAAAGUGGGAAGUCCCACCAGAGCCAGUGGUAAGAAAAUGACAACAAACAACACAAACACAGUAUUUUUUAUAAGUACGUAAAUUUAAAAAAAAGGAGAAAAAAAAAAAAAAGGGGAAAAAUUUAAAAAUAAAAAAAAAAAAGGAAGAAACCAAAGGUUUUGACAAACAAAGUGCCACAAAAGAUAAAUAUGGACCCUAUUGUCAUGCCUUGUACUCACAGCUGGAUGGUAGGAGUCUAAGGACAAAGAGCUGGCUUGGAGGGAAGUGGUUAUGAGUGAUGGGCGAUCCUGCCUGGACAUGCGCACACGAGAGGAAGAAGAAGCUGUUUAACAGAUAAAAAAAAAAGUAUCAAAAUGAACUGGUGUGAUCCUGUACUGUUACUGAGGUCAGAGGAACACCACAGGGGAAAUCUGAGACUCACCCUGUUUCUUUUCGAUGUUUUCAGGGCUGUGUUUUUUGGUUUGUUAUGGUUGUUUUCCAUGGUUGUUAUUUUAUUUCUUCUUGCUGGUACGGAGUUUUUCAUCUGUAUAUUAUAUAUAUAUAUUUUUCGAGAAAAACUUGAACACCUCAGAGACACUGAGAAUGAAACAUUUAGGGGAAAUGGGAAGCACCAGGAGAUUGGUGUCUUAACCCUUUCCAAACUUCCCAUUUAGGCAUUUCUGCUUUCUCUCCACCCUCUUCUUUCCCCCAUGCCCAGGAUUUGAAAGAAAAUCUGCGUUUUGCUUCUCUUUCAUCUCCUCUUUAUUUUUUGUCUUUCUGUUUCUCUUUAAUUUGGUGUUUGAGCUGGAUUUGCUUUUUUGCUUGGAAAAUGUGCCAGAAUUGUGAUGUAAAUGCGUGGGCUUCCUCCCCUGUCCCCUUCAGUGCCCUUCCCAUCUCCAACCAGUGUCCCAGAAUCCCCCAGUCUAUGAGAAGUCUUGGCAUCUUUCUUCCCAGCCUCACCUGUUGAGCUAACUAUUUUUUAAGUGCAUGUAAAAUACAACUAAAAACAAAGAUGCAAGCAGAAGAAUGAGCCCUACUACAACACGGAUGCUUUCUUUUCCUUUGAUUUCUUUUCCACCCACCUCCCUUUCAACACUUGACCAAAAAUUCCUGAUAAAUAAGUAGUGUCCCACACUGUUUUUCAAACCCCAUGGAGAGAACUGGAGCCCAAGUUCCUAGAAGCCCAUGGACAGGCUCCUAAUAUCCAGAAUAUUCCAGAUGGUAGGCUGAUCUUUACGGGCAUUUCUCAAACACUUCAAUCAAAUAAUUAAUGCUGGCACCUGCAGCACCAUCAGAAACAGGGGAAAGGGAACUCACAAAGACUCUCAGAGGUUCUGUGGCAAGAGUCAAGAUUAUUUAUUCACUGCAGGGUUUGCUCUGGGUCUUUGCUGCUGGGUUAGAGGAGCAAAGGGUGAACAGCACCUCUGCAAACACCUCGUGUCCUCCCUGUGAGUGGGACUCAGCUGUCAGUGACAGUGAUCUGAGACCUGAUCCAUCAGGUCAUGUGCUGGUGCAGACUGAGCCUUCCAGUGAACACCAGCGUGGGGGAAUUUGUGUGUGUCUGGAAUGAGGUGUUGGAGGUGGUUUGCCCUCCAACAGACAGCACAGGAGAACAAUCAAGGAGAAAUUAAGCCACCCUCCUCUCCUAGCACAGAAUUAUAGAAUGAUUUGGGUUGGAAAAGACCUCUAAGAUGACAGAGUCUGAAUGUUUAAACAUGCCCCAGUCCUUCCCUUCCCAUUCUUCAUUCUGUCCUGAACACAUCCAAAGGUUUGGUCACACCCAGCACACAUCAGCCUUGCUCCAUUAGAUAAGAGGGCUGUGCCAAUUUUCAUCCCUGUAGUGGUACCACUGCAGCUGUCUUACCUCGCAUCUUUGACACUGAAGACCAUAAAAUUUAUUGGGUCAUGAAGAUUUACCACCAGAAUUUCAUUUGGUAAUUGCUUAGAUUGAAAAAUUAUUACCAAAGUUUCCCGAUCUUCUGCGUUCAUCCACAAGAAAAUGUUUGCCAUGAAGGGAAUGAGACCAAGCAAAUCAGAUAAUUGUCAUUAUUUUUAAUAGUGCUGUUGAAAACCAAUAGAUCAAAUUUAAAGAGCCCAGUCAGUGGUCAGCCUUCCUGUUGAGUCCCCUCUGAAUUUCCUGGAGUUUGGGAUGUCUGUGAGGUAAAAACCCAAGCACACAACAGCCAAUAUCAGAAGGACAAUUGUUCAGAACUAAAUAGUUCAGAACUAAUUGUUCAAAACAUGAAAUGUAGAUCUGUCCUUCUCCAAGGCUUUAACAAAGUGCUUUGGGAAGAGACACUGCUAUUUGGGGACUCUUCCAAAAGAGGAGAAAUGAAAAUAUAAGUCCUGAGAGUUGUCCUCCAGGGCAGGUGGAGGUUUUGGGAUCUCCUAACUCUUGCCAUCCAAACUUAGUGUGCUGUGGGGCAGGAAAUUGGUGAAACACGUGAACCUCAGCAUCAUGAUGUGAACCUCAACCUCCUGCCCAUUCCCAGCCUGAAUUUUCCUGCUUUGCACCUGGUGCAGCUCCCAUUCCAGGGUAGUGCUUGGUCCAUGGAAUCCUGCAGUUUUCCCUCACCUCUGUGACUGUGCAAUGCCCCUUUCUCCAAAAAAAUCUUGCUGUCUUACUGGGAAUAACUGCUAUGUGGAGAAUGCUUUCAAAACAGAGCUUGUCAACCAUGUUUUAUUUGGGAUGGCCCAGUUCUCUACAGAUGGAGAAGCACCCAAGGGGACACAGGCUUACAGAAAGAAAAAAAAAAAAGAA